AUGACUCACAAUCAAUCAAUAUCUUCAAUUUUUUUAUAUGAAUUUUCAAUGAGAUGCUUUGGAUACACUAAAUUAGGGAUCUUUUAUCCAGAUUGUAAGAUAAAAGAGUUAUUGGCUGUAAAUCAGAGGUUCUAUGAACCAGAUGUGUGCCAUAGAAAAAGAUGCAACAUUGGAGGAUUUGAAAUCUCCGAACUUACCCUUCCUGAUGACACUGAAACUGAAGAUGUCACUAUUUAUAUAAAGAAUAAGCAAGAGAAACAUCUUAUUUCAAAUAAUGAAGAUUUAUUGAGAUAUUUCUGA